UUUUUUUUGCCUUCCAGUGCCGGAUUUGCAAGAGUUUUUAUGGAUGAAUCAGAUGAAAUUAGCGGGAGAAAGAGACCAUUUGAAGAGACUUCUUUUUUUCUGUGGAAUCCCCCCAGAAAAUAUUUCAUGGGUGCUUUUAUCGUUUGGGUGUUUUAACAGUGUUGGUGAUCUCUCAGGCGAGUCAACAAGCGUCCAAGAUCGGCGUGAUCAUUUGGCGUCAGUCACAUUCAGUGUUUGCCACUCAUUAGUAUCGCAUUAACUUGGUGAGCUCUAAGUGAGAUAACAACAUUUGGAGGCGAUAGUAAGACGCCUAAUUGGAAGGGAAUUCCCAGAAGAUAUUGAGGAUAUUCCCUCAACUUCUCUCUUGGAAUAGCUUCUUAAAGGAUUGAGUGGGUUAGGAGUGUGUAUUUUACUUUAAUUUGUGCGGUAAUCCAUAACCUCUUGAGAAUACCACUGCCGAAUCUCUUAUGCGUGAUAAACUUGUGAUAACCUCAUUAAAUUGCCUUCCCAUUGGUGCCAAAUUCGACCACGAUAUCCAAAGAGCAUGAUUAUUGCGGCUUUUUCAACACGAGUGAAUAACCGAAUCUCCCGUGGAAUGCAAAAGAGCCAACAAAAAUACUGAAGGUCUCUGCAAUUGUGACUCUUCGGAUUUGGACAAAAAAAGCUGUGAAACUCAUUUUUGGUAACUCUUAUUGGAAUUUUUAUUGUGACACAUGUUUAUAUAUAUUUGUGGGUGAUAAAGGCAAAUAUUUGUUCAGUUCUUGGCGAGACACUCAAGCGAGAAGAACGGUGUGAGACGAGCGUGUAAAAAUCUAGAGGAAAUAAUGUGGUCAAGAGUGGUGUUUUUCAUCCUGUUUGCCACCGCCGUGACGUCCUUUCGCCUCCAGAGUCCCGUCGUGGAGGUGUGUCCACAUGCCCUGCGUGUCUCCAUUCCGGACAGCCCGGGAAUACAGUUGUUUGCCUUCCAUGGCAAUAUAAAUGACCCAAUUGGCGAAACAGAAGCUGGCCAGAUGUCUCGAGAUGUUAUCCACAAGGCAUCCGGAAGGUGGAUUUUUGAGACACAAACGGAGACUUUCAAGAUAGGCGACACCCUCAAUUACUGGAUUUAUGUCAUACAUCGCGGCUUGGGCUAUCGAUCAGACGUGAUGGAGUACACAAUUGAUGCGUUCAGCAAUAAAUGUGAAAUCUACAACAGUGACUCGUCAGAAGAGGAAGUUCGCACGGAGAGCCAGAAAUUCGGGCGGAGACGCAACAAGGAGGAAAAUACCAGCCACUUUCAGCAUCACUUUCAUCACCAUCGCGGAUAUGGUCACUAUGGAUGGCGACCGCCCACCAACUAUCCAACUGUUACACCCUUCCCGCAGACUCCAACUUUCCCCACGGGUUCCUUCCAAGAGUGCCAGUGCGACAAGGACGUGCAGAAGUUGACUGAGAGCCUCAGCGAGACGCGGCUCAAGCUGGACGAAGCGCUCAACGCCACGGAAGUCUUGAAGCAGGACUUCCAAGGACUCAACGAGGUUCUGGGAAACAUUCUCGAUAGGCUGAAAUUCGGGCGGAAGCUUCUGCUCACGGGUGUCUUCAGCUCGGAUGACAAUCCCUAUGGACUCAUCAAGACUAUCCUCGAGGACAAGCUGGACUUGAGUGAUCUCAAGUUGAGAGUCCUGAGCGCCACAACCACCGUCCACGGAGCAAUUAUCUUCGAAAUGACAAGCGCUUCGGACAAGCUGAGAGUGUUGCUGCGCGCAAAGCGCCUGGAUAAGCUAAAGCUCCGCAUAAUUGACUACCAGGAGGAGGAGAAUGAACUCGCGGGACUUGUUCAGGUCACCCAGUCGCCAAUAUCAUCAUCAGCACCCACUCAGCCCACCACCGACGGACCCAAUCCCGACAUAGAUGUGCGCUUUGGCAAGAAUUAACAACACUUGGCUCUUGUGGCGCAGAACCGCCAAUUGCCUGGAAUAUUGUUGCAUUUUAUCGUGUGAAUUAAUGUAAUUUAAAUGUCUCAAACUCGCGCUAUCUGUGGCACUGAACCACCAAAAAAAAUAACAAGCAGAGAGGAUGCUGAAACUAUCGCGUUUUUGUUCUUCUGCCUGCAUAACCAGUGAUACUCGAGUGCUUAUGCGAAAAAGUGUACACAAGAGACGGUUUUUUUCACUAGCAUUUCUUGGGGCCAAGCUCAGCAAAUUUACGUGUUCAUUAGCACACAGUGGACACCAAUUUAUGCUAUUAUUUCUUUCUAUUUUCACUCUCUACUUGUCGCGCCAUGCUAAUUUGGGACCGUACCUGAGAUCUCGCACCUUUUUCCCAGACUGCUCCACUUCUGCCCUACAUUCGCCCUCCCCCCCUCCUUAUACAGUUGCUGUACUUGGCGCCUGGCACAUCUUGUGGAAAUUAUUCCUCACAGACAAUGUCCCUGAAUCUUCCGCUCUGUUUUGCUCUUGUGUCGCUGAAACUUCCGACAUGCCCUAUUGUUGACUUCUGUCCAUUCUCUUUUUCUGCCAUCCACAAUUCCCCCAACAUCGUCAACAGUGAAUGCUUCAGAUGGAGUGGAAACGCUUUGAAUGGCAAAUACUGAGCAAUUUCACGCAAAUUCUCUCUACCAGUCAAUCGAUCCAAAAUCCCAAUGUUUUGUCAAUGGGAGAGUCGAUAGGAAUGAUUUGGGAUUUGGGUCAAGAAUAGAGAUGGAUUCUGAGGGGGGGAAAAGCAUCACUUGAAAGUGACAUUAGACGAAGUGAGACAAAAACUUUUAAAUGAAAAUGUUUUCACAUGUUUCAUCUCACUGCGAUUUGACGUUUAAUUAACCCAUAUAUUGUUGCUCUAUCUCAAUGAAAUUCUCAAGUAUAAAUUGUGAAUUCAAUCCAUUUAU